CGAGCCCAAAAGAGGCGGGGUUUCGUGGCUCCUAGUGCUUCUCGGAUUGGUCAGAUUCUUGUCACGUGGGCUCGGGACAAGUAAGAUCGGGUUUUCAGGAAGCGUGAUUCAGUGUGUGUUGUGUAGUGUUGUGUAGUGUAGUGUUGUGUGAGUGAUGGAUGCCCGGCUGUGUGUGCUGCUCAGCGCCGCGCUUCUCGUCCGUCUGGCGCUGCUGUGCUUCGGUGUUUAUCAGGAUCAGAAUCUGCAGCUCAAGUACACGGAUGUGGAUUAUCACGUGUUCACCGACGCCUCCAGAUUCAUCAUACAGGGUCGGAGUCCGUAUGACAGAUCCACGUUCCGCUACACUCCUCUGCUGGCGCUGGUUCUGGCUCCGGGGGUUCUGCUGAGCUCUGUCUGCGGGAAGCUGCUGUUCGUGGGCUGUGAUCUUCUGUCGGCUCUGCUGCUCUUCCAGCUGCUGGUUCUGCGCGGCUCGGCCCGGAGCUCGGCGACGCUUCUCUGCGGUCUGUGGCUGUUUAACCCGCUGACCGUGGCUGUGUCCACCCGCGGGAACGCCGAGUCUCUGCUGGCCGUGCUGGUUCUGUCCACGCUGCUGUGUCUGGAGUCCCGGAGACGCACGUCUGCAGCGCUGCUGUUCGGUCUGGCCGUCCACAUGAAGAUCUACCCGGUCACUUACGCGCUGCCCGUCGCGCUGUCUCUGUCCGGAGCGCCGUCCCGCGGCCGAGGACUGGUCCAGAACCUGCUCCGGUGUGUCAGCGGGGAUCUGCUGCUGUUCGCGGCUGUUUCUGGAGCGGUGUUCUUCGGUCUGAACCUCACCUUCUACUGCAUGUACGGCUGGGAUUUCCUCCAGGAGUCUUAUCUGUAUCACCUGACGCGCAGAGACAUCCGGCACAACUUCUCUCCGUACUUCUACCUGCUGUACGUGACGGCGGAGCAUCGCUGGAGCGGCGUUCUGGCGCUCGUCUGCUUUCUGCCGCAGAUGCUGCUGCUGUCGCUGGCCUCGCUCGCCUUCCGCUCCGAUCUGCCCUUCUGCUGCUUCAUCCACACCGCCGUCUUCGUCAGCUUCAACAAAGUCUGCACCUCACAGUAUUUUCUGUGGUAUCUGUGUCUGCUGCCGCUGGUUUUGCCUCGGCUGACGCUGAGCUGGAGACGAGGGCUGGGGCUGCUGCUGCUGUGGUUUGUGGGACAGGCGCUGUGGCUGUCACCGGCGUAUUAUCUGGAGUUCGAGGGCUGGAACACUUUCACGCUCAUCUGGAUCGCCGGGCUGCUGUUUCUCCUCAUAAACUCUCUCAUACUGGGACAAAUAAUCUCCCAUUACAGACCCGCAGAGGCCCAGCUGAAGAAAACAGACUGACAGACGCCUGUGAGAGAACAUCACUUCACACAUUAUGGCAGCUGAAUACAUUGUAAAGAUGUAGAAGAGUGUUUCUAUGCAGAUAUUGUCUGGUUGAGAGGAUUCAGAUGUGCUGACCACUAGAUGUCGCCCAACAGCAGAUCUCGAGAUGGACGGCACAGUUUGAUGUUGAACAAGUGCUGCAUUUUUCAACACUUUACAUUUGCUAAAGAGUCAGCCGCUCUCAGAUGAACUUAGAUUUCAGACGUGUAGAUGCAUUGUGAUCACGAUAGUGAGCGUGUGUCUGUGCAGAGAUUAUCGUGAGUGUGAACACGAUUUAUGAACGCUAUCUACACGUCUGAGGCGUUUGCAGAUGUGAGUGAAGAGAUGAGCUCCGCCCACCUGGCGACGUCAGCACCAAUAGGAGCGAGUGUUGACUGGCGGUGGGUGGGGCAUCUGAUGACGUGUAGUGGAAUAAUUCAUCUGAGCUCCGCUCCAGCAGCUGAAGCUGUUCUCUCAGAUCAGCGUUAAACAGGAUUAAAUCAUCUCUGCUGUGACUA